GCUUCCGUUGCUCGAGGCCGCGCGGGGCCGCUCGCUCGCCGGAGCCCGGCACAGUCGGGAACCCGGCGGGCCGCGCGGCCGGAUGAAGGGCGCGAUGGAGCCGGAGCCGGAGGUGCUGCUGCAAGAAGCCCGCGAGAACGUGGAGGCGGCGCAGAGCUACCGGCGGGAGCUGGGCCAGCGGCUACAGGGGCUGCGGGAGGCGCAGAGGCAGAUAAAGGAGAGUGCUUCACAGACAAGAGAUGUCCUCAAACAACAUUUCAGUGACUUAAAAGGAACCCUUGGAAAGCUGUUGGAUGAGCGAUUGGUGACUCUUUUGCAAGAAGUGGACACCAUUGAACAGGAGACCAUCAAACCGUUAGAUGACUGCCAGAAGCUCAUAGAGCACGGAGUUAACACUGCAGAUGACCUGGUCCGAGAAGGUGAGAUCGCCAUUCUUGGUGGUAUAGAAGAACAGAAUGAUAAAUUGUGGAACUUUACCAAAAAGGCCGCACACAUUCAGUUGGACAGCUUACCAGAAGUGCCUUUGCUAGUUGAUGUGCCCUGUUUGUCGGCUCAGCUGGAUGAUUCCAUUCUCAACAUAGUGAAAGACCACAUUUUUAAGCAUGGAACAGUAGCUUCCCGCCCACCAGUGCAGAUUGAAGAAUUAAUAGAGAAACCUGGAGGCAUCAUAGUGCGAUGGUGUAAGGUGGACGAUGACUUUACAGCCCAAGAUUACAGGCUCCAGUUCCGUAAAUGCACUGCAAAUCAUUUUGAAGACGCGUAUGUAGGUUCUGAAACUGAAUUCAUAGUGUUGCACAUAGACCCCAAUGUUGAUUAUCAGUUCAGAGUCUGCGCCCGAGGAGACGGCCGGCAGGAGUGGAGUCCUUGGAGUGUCCCCCAGACAGGCCACUCCACUCUGGUGCCUCAUGAGUGGACAACUGGCUUUGAAGGGUACAGUCUGAGUAGUCGGAGGAACAUAGCACUGCGAAAUGACGCUGAGUCCUCGGGCGUUCUCUACUCCAGUGCUCCAACCUACUUCUGUGGACAGACAUUGACCUUCAGAGUUGAGACUGUGGGACAGCCCGACAGAAGAGACAGCAUAGGAGUGUGUGCGGAGAAGCAGAACGGCUGCGACUCUCUGCAGCGGGAUCAAGCUGUGUGCAUCAGCACAAAUGGUGCAGUUUUUGUCAAUGGAAAAGAAAUGACUAAUCAGUUGCCUGCAGUUACCUCUGGAUCCACUGUCACAUUUGACAUUGAAGCUGUGACUCUGGGAACCGCUAACAGUGAAGGCGGAAACGUCAAGCUCCGGGUGACCAUUAGCUCCAGUAACAGGGAGGUGGUGUUUGACUGGCUGCUUGACCAGGCCUGUGGCUCUCUGUACUUCGGAUGCUCCUUUUUCUACCCGGGGUGGAAGGUGCUGGUGUUCUAGCAUCGGGAGGCCUCAGCUUUGGGGUGAGCGUCCCUAUCCUCAGCCUAGUUUAGUUGUGUCUGACUUUUAAAAGGUGAACUUACCUCUGGGACCACCAGAAAUAGAGAGCGUGGCUGGGUUUGCAUUGUAACAUUUCAGUAAGGGGCCUGUGGCGGUGGCGGCAGCCUUUAAUCCCAGCAUCAGGAGGCAGAGGCAGGUGGAUCUCUGUGAGUUCAAGACCAACCUGGUCUACAGAGCAAGAUCCAGGACAGCCAGGGCUACACAGAGAAACCUUGUCUCACCCCCCGCCCCCAAAAAAAGUAAUAUUUCAGUAAGAAGUGAGCUGAAUGGGGUGGACAAAACCAUAGUUCAAUUUUAUUUUUAGCAUAAAUACCAAACUAGCUUUAAAACUGCAUACUUUUCCACUGUUCUUCUUCCUAAAGCAGGUCGUUAGGACAGAAAAAUGUCACAUGAUUAAAUCUUCAAGAUCAAAGGCCGUAAGAACAACAGAAGAAGGCAGCUAGAGAGCAGGGCUCUGGAGUACUGUCAGUCCUGUUGCUCCUCCGGCCCCCACCCCUUGAGUGCGCUGACUGUUCCUGGGUUCAGUAGUCUCUGGCUCAGAAAGCUUAGUGGUUUCUGCAUGUUCACAGUGCCUGAGCAAGCGUCUGUGACAGCCAGUGUCAGCAUCCUCCCUCUUCCCUGGCAGUGCCAGACAAAGUAGGAUGGAGAGAGCCGGGCUGUGGUGACGCACGCCUUUAAUCCCAGCACUCUGGAGGCAGAGCCAGGCAAAUCUGUGAGUUCGAGGCCAGCCUGGUC